AUGGUUACGUCGAGCAAAGCCGAGGACAAUACGGGACAAUAUUGGCAGCAUCGGUGCCGCGAGAUCGACGUCAAGCCGACAGCUGCGCGUGAAAGUAAUGCCGAGGAAUUUGGUGGUCGGAAGCGGGUGCAAGGGUGCGGCAACAACCAGUUGCGAAGUGCAGCGGCGCGGCGACUACCUGAGCGCGUCGUCCGGCCCUGCGGUGCCCGAACCCCCGUGUGGAGGAAAGCUGCGGCGAGUACUCACUUGCGAAGGUGGUCGCCGGAGUCCGGAGCGGGACGUUGCGGCGGUUGCGGGCAGUGCGAGCGGUGCGACAGGCGGUGUCAGGUGCGCAUGGAGCGGGCGCGGGCGUGCGACGGGGGUGGCGGUGAGCCUGCCGUGGUGUUGGCGAGCGGCGAGGCGCGCGUGAGGGCGUGCGGUCGUCGGCGCGGUCGGAGCGCGACUGGCGGCGCGGCGGCGGCGCGCUCGGAGUCCAUGUGCCGCGCCCGCAGCCCGCAGCCCGCCUGCCGCGCCGCCACAUGCGCGUCGGAGGCUGCGCGUCGCGCCCCGCGCCCCCGCCCCCGCUCCGCCUGA